AUGUACGCGCUCAACUCGGCGUGGGGCUCCACGACCGCCAACUACCUGCCCGUGUACUACCAGCACACCGCGGGCUUCUCCAAGAUGCAGAUCGGGCUGCUGCAGACGCUGCCCAGCAUCGCGGCCAUCUUGGGCCCGCCCUUCUGGGGCGGCGUGGCCGACCGCGUCCGCAACCAGCGACUCGUGCACGUGUUCUGCAUCGUCAGCGGCACGCUGCUGCAGUUCUCGACCCGGUACUUCUACUGGUCGCUCGGGUGGACGGUCUUCAUGGUGCUCAUCAGCCAGAUCCAGAGCUGCCCCGCCGGCUCCUUGCUGGACCACACGGUGCUCGACCUUCUGGCGAAGGAAGGGGGCGAGUACGGCAGACAGAGGCUCUUCGGAGCGGUGGGGUGGGGCAUCGGAACAUACCUGACUGGAGUCGUAGUGGCGCUCGGAGGGAUCUUCUGGUCCUUCGACUUGUGCCUCAUUACGGGCUUCUCGACGCUGCUGGUGCUGCGCCUGAUCCCUCCGGUCAAGUACGGCGAGGAGUAUACAGCACUGGAGACUAGAGACGAACAAGGAGAGGGAGGUGUUGAAGUCGCGCCGUCGUUUAUGGAGACAGCUCGACUGAUUUCCAAGAAGUUGGAUGUUGUGGCGCUGCUUGUCGUGGUCUUCAUCAUGGGCAACAUGCAUGGCGUCUUCUCCAGCUUCCUCCAGCUGAACCUGUACAACCUCGCCGGCGACGACGCGCAUAUUAUUGGCGUGGCGAUCAUGUGCGAAACCUCGUCGGAGCUGCCUGCCUUCUUCUUCGCUGACAAAAUCAUCAAGAAAAUCGGCACGGUCAAUGUGCUCUUGGUGUCGCUCGUGGGUUACACGCUGCGUAUCGGCUACUACGCGCUCAUGACAAAUGCAUGGGGAGCGAUCCCGUUCGAGUUCCUGCACGGCAUCACGUUUGGUCUAACAUGGGCCGUCUGCACGGAGUACGUGUUCUCAGCUGCCCCCCGCGGCUGUGAAGGAACUGUCAUGGGUGUGCUGAGCGCUGUUCAAAACGGCCUUGCGCGCGCGUCAGGCACGCUCAUUGGUGGGUACUUUUACGAGAACUAUGGCGCCCGCGUGAUGUGGAUUGCGACAGGAUUUGGAAUUCCGCUGUCGCUGCUCAGCCGUGCUGCACUCUUUUCUCCGCAUCGAGGAGACCCACAGGGACUUAAGUCUCCCUUGCACCAACAGGGACUCAAGUCUUCUGUUCAUCUCACUUACGAUUCCGUGCAGUAA